CAGUCUCAUGAGUUCCCACGUCUCCUCCACCUUCCUCUUCGAGUCUCCGAGGUGCUUUCUCUGUAAUACUCUCUCUCGUGGUGACUCUCUGCUUAUUCCCGCUUCAUCCUCCUCCCCGUUUCCCUCCAAACGGGGUCCGAUUCUGUGCCAGAAGAUGUCCUGCUUCUCUCAAACCUCCUUUCCUACCUUCACCACUGUCAGCAUAUCUUUCUCGGAGCUCAAAGAUAAGAACUCUGACUUGUCGAUGAAGAUUGAAGAAGGGUUUGGGCCCAAUGGACUAGGAAUUCUUUCGGUCACAGAUGUCCCUGGAUACUCUUCAUUACGUACUGAUCUUUUGCAUCUUGCACCCAGAUUGGCUAGUCUCCCUGAAAAGGUGAAGGAGGAACUUGAGGAUCCUCAUAGCAGGUACAAUUUUGGCUGGAGUCAUGGGAAAGAGAAGCUUGAAUCUGGGAAGCCUGAUCUAUUAAAAGGUUCUUUCUAUGCAAAUCCUAUACUAGAUAGGCCUACAACAGAGGCAUCCUUGAUACAACGGUAUCCGUCAUACUGUGGAUCAAAUAUAUGGCCCAGCAAAACAUUACCGGAACUUGAAGCGGCUUUCAAAGCACUUGGGAAGCUGAUGUUUGAUGUUGGGCUGAUGUUGGCAUAUCACUGUGAUCAAUAUGUAUCUAAAGGGAUGAAAAAGCACCAGGAUGAAGGUUUGGAGCCAAUACUUCGCCGCUCCCGUUGUCAUAAAGGACGUUUGCUUUAUUAUUUUCCUGCACAACAAGGCACUCUGGAUGGUAGCUCUAUGUCUGAUUGGUGUGGUUGGCACACAGACCAUGGUUCACUAACAGGUCUGACCUGUGGUAUGUUUAAGAGAAAUGGCGUGGAAGUGCCUUGUCCUGAUGGUACUGCUGGCUUAUAUAUUCGAACACGAAGUGACCAAGUUGUGAAAGUUGUGUUUGGAAAAGAUGAUAUAGCCUACCAAAUUGGUGAAACCACUGAAAUAUUAUCUGGAGGCUAUCUUUGUGCAACACCUCACUGUGUUCGGGUAAACUCUAAGCCUCGGAAUCUCUUUGCUGUUCCUUUAAGCAUACCAUGUGUUAUGGCUCCUAAGGGAUUGGAGGCUUCUGGUAUUGAGCGUUCAACAUUUGCAUUCUUCAUGCAACCUGACUGGGAUGAAAAACUCAAUUUUCCUGAGGAUGUCCAUAUUCAUAAAGAGCUUAUACGAUCAAACGCUGCCCUUACUUUCGGAGAGUAUUCAGAGAUGCUGCUAGACAAAUAUUACCACCAAAAGAAGACCUAAGGUUUAAUGUUAGUAUCGUCACAGCCUAGAACUAGUUGGGAGGAAUGAUUUUCCCAUGUCAACAAAAUGCCAAUUCUUGGGAGAGAAAUAAUGCCAAUGCCACGAAUAAAAAGUAACUUGUAAUAUUAUUAUGACAUUUAAUAUAACUGACGAAUAUAUCCAUAAAAGUUGUAAGUAAUUGAGUUAUGAACAGUAUAGUUCAUCUCGAAUUUAUGGAUUAGAUUCAUUAUAAGUAUAUAAAAUAUUUAGAAUUUGUGAUAAUAAAGCAUUUAUUAAGUUAUAAGAAAAUAGAUUACCUUUUUUAGUUUU